AUGGCGCCUUCGCGCUGCGCCUUCCCCCCCUCCGACCGACUCGUACAGGCGACUGUCAGUGGCGACUCGUACAGGCGACUGUCAGUAGCGACUCGCACAGGCGACUGUCAGUGGCGACUUCCACAGGCGACUGUCAGUGGCGACUCGUACAGGCGACUGUCAGUGGCGACUCGUACAGGCGACUGUCAGUGGCGACUUCCGGAGGCGACUGUCAGUGGCGACUCGUACAGGCGACUGUCAGUGGCGACUCGUACAGGCGACUGUCAGUGGCGACUUCCGGAGGCGACUGUCAGUGGCGACUUCCGCAGGCGACUGUCAGUGGCGACUCGUACAGGCGACUGUCAGUGGCGACUCGUACAGGCGACUGUCAGUGGCGACUCGUACAGGCGACUCGUACAGGCGACUGUCAGUGGCGACUCGUACAGGCGACUCGUACAGGCGACUCGUACAGGCGACUCGUACAGGCGACUUCCACAGGCGACUCGUACAGGCGACUUCCGCAACAGUUGUGAGCAAGGCGACUGCGUGUGGAGUCUGGUUUACUCUCUCGCCAGCAGCAAAACCUGCGAGCAACUCCCGGACAACGAACUUCAGGCAACUUUCAAGACCGACUUCGCGUCCAAGCAACGCCCACCAAAGCGACUUCCGGGCAACUUUCAAAGCGACUCGUCCGCACGAAAUCCCACCAAAGCGACUUGUGGACGACUUUCAAAGCGACUCGUCGGCACGAAAUCCCACCAAAGCGACUUGUGGACAACUUUCAAAGCGACUCGUCGGCACGAAAUCCCACCCAAGCGACUUUGUGGGGGCGACUUUCAAGCGACUCGUCGGCACGAAAUCCCACCAAAGCGACUUGUGGGGGCGACUUUGAUUGGGCGACUCGUCGGCACGAAAUCCCACCAAGCGACUUGUGGGGGCGACUUUGAUUGGGCGACUUCCCCCGCACCAACUCCCACCGGGGGCGACUUGCGGGCCACUCCCAAGCGGCGACUCCUCCUCGUGUUGCUGCUGCUGCUGCCCACGGGGAUCCCAGCGACUUCGACGCAACUUUCUGGGAGCGGCGGUGUCGGUGGUGUCGUCGGCAACUGA